UACCAGGACAUAAUACCUUUUGAUAACAAUAGAGUCAAACUAGAAUCAUCAACAAAUAACUAUAUAAAUGCUUCUCAUAUUCAAUUAGGCGAAACCAAUUAUAUUGCUACUCAAGGCCCAUUAGAAGCAACUGCUGCCGAUUUUUGGCAAAUGUGUUAUCAACUAAACCAACCAAUUAUUGUCAUAAUAAUGCUAACUCCAUUGCAGGAAAAAUCAACUGAAAGAUGUUUUAAAUAUUGGCCCGACGAAACAAAUUUAAACAGCGAAAUGUACAUUUCAAAAAACAACUCUGGCUCAAUUAACGACAGAAUAAAUCUUAUAAGUUUUUACCAUGACGAAUCAGAGAUCGAUGAGCUCAAUUGCUUGGAUUACAGUAAAAAUUUCAGAGAAAAAUUUGUGUAUCAAUUGUGGUAUGACAGCUGGCCAGAUUUCUCAAAGCCUUCGAACAUUGAUUCAAUAUUGAAGAUCUCAGAAAAGGCUAAGAACAUCUUGAACUGUGAUAGCAACGAUCAAAACACAUUGAUAGUCCACUGCUCUGCUGGCGUUGGGAGAACAGGAACAUUUAUUGCAUUGGACUAUUUGAUCAACCACUAUAGGGAUUUCGACUUGAACCCAGACUCGAGCUGCAAACCAAUGACCAAGAUCAACACCUUUGACCAUUACGAUCCUAUUUUUGAAAUUGUCAUGAAGUUGAAGGAGCAGAGGAUGUCGAUGGUCGAGAGCCAGUCACAGUUUGCCUUUAUCUACGAUGCUGCGAGAAAGAUCUACCAGGAGAGGUUUGGGGGCAGAAAGGCAUCAAAGUGA